UCGUCUUACCAAUGCAACGAAGUCCUUGCGUCAUCAGAUCAUCUAUGUAUUUCCAAACUGCCGUUCACAAGCCUCACUCUUGCACGAGAUUUUGUGCCCUAAACAUGAGCGCGACAACAGUGUUCCUUUUUGCAGCCCUUUCCGCCGUGGCUUGGGUGACCAUGCAGGAAAUAAACUCGAUUCCUCCAAUCGCGGUCCCUGCCGAAGGACCUCCUCUUCCUAGCCAUGCUAUGGUGAAAGGCUCUGAGGCAGAGCCGUACAAACGCGGGUACCAGGCUUUUAUUUCAGGAGGAAUAGAAGUCUGUGGGGCUGUUGUCAUCAGUGAAACGUUUGUCCUGACAGCUGCCCACUGCAUACGAACAGAGAGUAAUGCGCGAAUGACUGUAGCAACGGGCAUACACGAUCUAAAGGUGCAGGAGAGCUUUACUCAGGUGAUUCCCGUCGCGAAAGCAUUAAUUCAUCCGGACUACAACCCCAGGGAAGGUCACAUCAGGGGUGACAUUGCCCUUGUGAGACUAGAACAAGCGAUAGUUAUGAAUGAUAAAGUUUUCCCCAUCAAAUUGCCGACUCGUGACGUGGAUGUGGAUAUGCCUGUAGUGGUCACUGGUUGGGUAAAUACCGUUUUGGAAAAUAAACCAGUUACCGCUCUCCAAGAAAUAGUUACCCAUACCAUCUCUCUUCGGCAAUGCAAGAGUGCUUUUCCUUGGGUGGACAAAAGCAUAUUCUGCACAACUGCGACGAAUUGGGGAACUGGCCCCUGUGACGGCGACUCGGGGGGUCCGGCGAUGCACGAAGGCUAUCUCGUGGGCCUCGUUUCCUUCGCCACGGCGGCAUGUGAAACAACAUACCCUCAAGGAUUUACUAAUGUUUAUUUUUAUCUCAAGUGGAUCAAUGAGAAUAUGCUUUCUGAUUACAUGUCGUUACCUUAUUAGAAUGGAUGCGGUAUUUUGGACCUGUCUUUAGUACUUAUUGUAUUGGCUCAACUCUUUCUGUACUGGAUAUAGGAGUUUUUUAUGUUUGCUUACUGUUCACCAAUGUAUCCUUUAUGUUUUUAUCAACUAAAUAUCCAUAGUUGAUACAUAUCUCUAAGGGAUUAUGAGUUUCUUUUAAGUAGUGUGGAAAUUAUCAAUUUACAUGUUUUAUUUU